GGAAGCGUACUGAAUUCCGGUUGCACCUGCCGGAGCUGGGCUUCUGAAGUCACAUUGAAGACGAAAACCCCGGUCACAGUAGUAACAGAACAAGUGACCACUCAGCCCAUUCCUGAUGAUUUUAUUUGGAUGAUCAUUAACGAUGUUUACCUCAAAGGUUGUGCCUCGUCUCAGUCUAUUACGUAGAGCAACCUCUGCACUUCAACCCCAUGGGGACAUUCUGAAUGGAUGUGUGCAGCCGAUUGUUCCUGCUUACUGCUUUUCACUGAGACAGAAACAGAGAAACUACUCAACAGCAGCAGACAACAGAUCUCCUCCUCGAUGGAUGCAGCUUGAGCCCGAACUGGACGAGGCUCUUGUGCCACGUAAACUGUCAGUAAGUCCUCUGGAGAGCUGGCUCUCCCUGCGCUACUCCCUUCCUGCGCUGCUGGAGUCCGCUCAGCCGCAGGAGGACGUAGAGCUUCUGGAAGAGAAGGUGCUGCCACCCAUCUCUGACCCUGUUUUGGAGGAUGAGAAGGGCUCAGCAACGCCCCUUAGAUGUAAGAAUGUUCUGAAGAUCAGACGGCGGAAGAUGAACCGGCAUAAAUAUAAGAAGCUGCAAAAACGGAUUAAAUUUUUGAGAAAAAGAGUGCUGGAGGGCAGGGGGAAGAAGAAGCAGAGAAAAUUUGAAGAUGAUCUGAAGAGGAUUUGGACAAAAGCUGGACUGAAGAAGGCUCCAGAGGGAUGGAGUACACCUAAGAUCUUCAUUAAACAACAUGGAAACAGAAGGCAGUGAGAAACACUGACAGUGGUUCGAGAUUGUGUCGCAUCCCACCCACUGGAUGGCUCUGCACAACACACUUCACACACUGCAGUUAAAACAGUCAGCCUACUCUCUGUGUAACUGAAGCAUGUGUCACUGAUGAGGACAUAUUCUGUAUGAGGAUGGUAUGUACUAUUAUUUUUAACAAAGUGUACAUAAUCUAAUAAAGAUUUUCUCUGUCAAACCCAAA